GCUCUCCCUCUGUCUCUCUCUCUCUCUCUCUCUCUCUCACACACACACACAACACACGCUCGCGAGCGCACACCCUCCCUUACUACAAAAAGAAGCGUACCUGGCUCGCGCUAUCUCUCUCUCUCUCAGACUUCCAGUUCCUGUUCUACUCUUGCUUCCAUGCCCGUCUCCAGAACUUGAAACCCACAUUCCAUUUGAAGGCGGUGUUCAAGCGUUUGUCUGGUGCAGGGGAUAAAUAGGUGGAUAUGGAUACGGAGUCCCGGGCCAUCACCAGAGAGUCUCGACUGAAAUUUUAUAAGACUAUUCUAUGUUUAGCAUACCAGAGUUUUGGUGUUGUAUAUGGUGACUUAAGUACAGCACCAAUCUUUGUAUACAAAAGCACAUUCUCUGGGAGGUUGAGACUUCAUGAGGAAGAUGAUGAAAUUUUUGGGGUGCUUUCUAUGGUUUUGUGGACUUUAGCUAUAAUCCCUCUCUGCAAGUACAUUAUAUUUGUAUUAGGAGCAGAUGAUAGCGGAGAAGGUGGAACCUUUGCUCUGUAUUCAUUACUCUGUAGGCACACAAAGGUUGGCCUUUUGGGUUCGUCCCAUGCGUCAUAUGAUGACAUGCCUGCUUACAACUCUGGAUUUUCCUCCAGGGAGACAAAGGCUAGCUCUUUUCUAAAGGAUUUCUUUGAUAAGCACCAUAGCUCUCGUAUUCUACUGCUGUUAGUUGUACUGUUAAGUACUAGCAUGGUUAUUGGUGAAGGUGUUCUGACUCCGCCAAUGUCUGUCCUUUCAGCUGUUUAUGGCAUCAAAAUCAAGGCCACAGGUCUUCAUGACAAUUAUAUCGUACUUGUUGCUUGUGUGAUUUUGGUUGGAUUGUUUGGUCUUCAGCAUUGUGGGACACAGAGGGUCGGGUUUCUUUUUGCUCCUAUCCUUAUUGCUUGGCUCUUGUGCAUUAGUGUGGUUGGUAUAUACAACAUCAUACACUGGAACCCACAUGUUGUCAAUGCUCUGUCACUGUACUAUAUAUAUAAUUUUUUUAAAAAGGCUGGAAAAGAUGGAUGGAGUUCUCUUGGAGGCAUUGUCCUAUGCAUUGCAGGUGUAGAGGCCAUGUUUGCUGAUCUUGGCCAUUUCUCUCAGCUUCCUACCAGGAUUGCAUUUGCCUUUGGUGUUUACCCUUGUUUGAUUCUGGCUUAUAUGGGUGAGGCAGCUUACCUCUCCAAGAACAAGGAGGAUCUUCAGAAAAGUUUCUACAAGGCUAUCCCAGAGGUUGUUUUCUGGCCAGUUCUUACCAUUGCAACUCUUGCCACUGCAGUGGGAAGUCAGGCAGUAAUUUCUGCAACCUUUUCAAUUAUCAGCCAGUGUAGGGCAUUGAGGUGCUUCCCGCGUGUUAAGAUCAUACACGCAUCAAACCAAAUACAUGGGCAGAUCUACAUAGCAGAAGUCAACUGGAUCUUGAUGAUUAUGUGCCCAUCUGUCACAAUUGGUUUUAGAGACAGACCUGUUUUAUUUUUUGUACCAGGCCUUGCUGUCGUCACAGUAAUGUUCAUUACAACCUGCUUAAUGUUUCUGGUAAUCAUUAUGAUCUGGAAGUGUAAUGUUUUGGUAGCAGCUGCUUUCCGAAUUUUUUUUGGAUCCUUGGAGUUGCUCUAUUUCUCUGCUUGCCUUGCCAAAAUUCACGAUGGGGGUUGGCUUUCACUUACUUUCUCCUUCCUAAUUUUUUCUGUGAUGUGCAUCUGGCAUUAUGGAACUUUGAAGAAAUAUUCAUUUGAAUUGGAGAACAAGGUAUGCUUGAAUACACUUCUAAGCAUGGCACAAACCCUUGGAAUAAACCGUGUUCCUGGGAUUGGCCUAAUCUACUCUGACGUGAUCUCUGGGGUUCCUCCAAUGUUUGGUCAUUUUGUCGCCAACUUUCCUGCUUUUCAUCAAAUUCUCGUAUUUGUGACACUUCAGACCUGUGCAGUGCCAAAAGUUCCUGCCAGAGAACAAUUCCUUGUCAGUCGCAUUGGCCCACCAGAGUACAUCUUUCGUUGUAUUGUCAGGUAUGGAUACAAGGAUGCAAAGAAAGAUAGUUAUGCUUUUGAGAGACAAUUAAUGGAAACCAUGGCAGAAUUUCUGCUUGAUUCGGCCACUGGUGAGAACCUCAGGUCGAUGGAGGUCAUGUGCUAUUUGAGAAUGGAGCUGGCUCUAGCCAGAGUGAAGUGCGAUUUCGUGGUGUGAGAUGUAGCCAAGGAACUGGAGAAGUUAGAGGCAGCAAAGGAAGGAGGUCUGGCUUAUAUGAUGGAUAAUACUAGUGUCAUAGCCAGUGACGCAUCCUCAUAUAUGAAAAAGUUUGUCAUCGAAAUUGUGUAUGCAUUCUUGAGACGGAACUGUCGACGUCCAGCACUUGCUCUUGGGGUGCCGCACACCUCUCUGAUUGAAGUUGGAAUGGUUUAUCGUGUAUAGUUUCUCGGCAUACUGGGAUUGCAUAUUUUAUGGAGCGAGUGAACUGAGAAAGGGGGGGGGGGGGGGGGGGGGGGGGGGGGGGGGGGGGGGGGGGGGGGGGGGAGGAUUUAGCAGGUUCAGAAAUAUAUUAGGCAUGAUGUGGUAACUCUGAGGAGGCAAACAGUGUCUGCAGCAGAUUGAAAAUGACUAGGUUUAGUGUAUAUAUAUUAUAAUUUGUUCUAAAUUGUUACCGGUGGUUCAUGUAAUGGAACUUGUUUUGUUUCA